CAACAGUCGCGCGUAUCGCACAGAGUUCUUAAUGGAAGGUUAUGGCGAGGACAAGCCGCCGAUCAGUUUGGAACUUUCGUUGGCUUUCCCACGACGAUGCUCAAGCAUCUCUUUCGUACGAAGCCGAUCGAAGUCAUCCAUGCCGAGGAGCUCAAGGAAGAGCUCCCCCGUGAACUUGGGCUGUGGGAUUUGAUCGCAAUCGGGAUCGGCGGAACGGUUGGCUCGGGUGUGUUUGCCACGACAGGGGACAUCAUCAGCGGCGCAGUGGGCGGUGGCGCUGGGCCCGCCGCGUUUCUCUCGUGGACCAUCGCCGGCAUUGCGUGUAUUCUGAGCGGCUUCGCGUACAUGGAAAUGAGUUCGUUAGUUCCAUCGUCUGGGUCCACGUACGCAUAUGCGUACCACAUCCUCGGCGAGCUCCCCGCGUAUAUCGCCGCGUGGCUUUUGACGCUCGAGUACGGCAUGUCGGGAGCAGGUGUCGCGCGGUCGUGGGCCGGCAAAGUCCAAGAAUGGGCUGACGAAAACGGCGGGAACCACAAGUUUCUAAACGAAGACCACUACAACAUGCUCGCGUGCGGGAUCAUGUUUCUGGCCGUGGUGAUUUUGCUGGCCGGUAUUCGAUUUGGCAAAGUCUUUAUCAACGUCGUGGCGACGAUCAAGGUUGCAGUCGUCCUUUUCAUCAUUGCCGCGGGCUUCGCGGCCACCGAGUCGGAGAAUUUGACGCCGUUUAUCCCUCCCCACGACGGUGACACGGGCUUGUUUGGCGUCCAAGGCGUUAUGUUUGGAGCGUCGCAAGCGUUCUUUGGCUUUGUCGGAUUUGACGAAGUGUGCUGUCUCGCCGCGGAGGCCAAGAAUCCCCGCAAGAUCAUGCCCCGCGCAGUCAUCGGGACUAUCCUUGGUACGAUGUUUCUGUCGUCCUUUGCGUCGCUCGCCCUCUCCGGCAUGGUGCCUGCCGAUGUGUACUCCAAGCUGCCGUAUGACUUGGGCAACGAUUCGGCUGGGAAUCCUCGCGGGAACCUCACGUACUUUUCAUUCCCUGGCGCGUUCGGCUACGUCGGCUACACCGCGGCCGAGUUGAUUGUCCGCAUUGGGGAAGUCGGGACGAUGCCGAUUGUCGUGUUGAUCGCGUUUUUGGCCCAGCCCCGCCUGAUGUAUGCUGUGUCAGUGGACGGGCUCCUGCCCGAGAUUUUUGGCCGCGUCGACGGCAAGGGUAACUUGUUUUGGUGCACCGUGAUCACUGGCGCAUUCUUCUGCAUCGUCGCGCUCUUGAUUCCGUUCGGAGACAUUUGGAACAUUGUGUCGUUUGGUAUCUUGGUAUCUUUCAUCAUGACCAACUCGGCGCUUAUCAUCGUCCGCACGCGCGAGUUAUCUCCAGGCCUGUCCCACAAGCUCACGAUGGCGAUCGUGGUGAUUUCGUGCGCGGCCAUGAUGACAUUCCAGAAGGGGUUUGUCGAUGGCGACAGCCACGUUGCCCUCGGGAUCUCUAUGGGUCUGCUUGCUGUGACGUUUGCCUGUGGCAUCGUGUUGUAUGCCAAGUGUCCGCAAAAUGUCGGGGGCGCUGACAUGUUUCGCGCACCGCUCGUUCCGUUCGUCCCAAUGCUGGCCAUCCUUGUUAACUGGUACUUGGUCGCGCAGCUGGCGGAGAAGGAUAUUGCCCGUGGGUUCAUCUGGAUCGGGUGUGCAAUCGUCACGUACUUCUUGUACGGAUUCAGCCACAGCCAGGGCCGAUCAGGAUGGACCAAGAUGCUCAACCACUCCGUGCUGGGGUUGAACGAAGUUCGCCCGUCCAUUAACUCGAUGGUGCACUCGGGGAACAUGAAGAAAUCUCUCUUGACCCCAAGCCAAACUCAAUCGUAAAUCAAUGUACAAGUACUCUGCUUGUUUUGACACAAAAAGCAGACUGAACUCGCUUGCAGUGGGCGGUCGGAUACCCUUUGCAAACAACACGUGUUCCGGGCUGCAUCAACGCGUCACAAGCUUCACAUCACCUGUGGGCUGCACACUGCAGAGAUUGAAGGCUGCGCGGAUUUCGGGGGGUAGGGCGCACCCUGAAGGGCACACCGCG